AUGAGUGCCGGGGUGUCGUUCGCCUGCGCACCCUCCGCUCGGGUGGCGGUGGCGGCGGUGCAUCUGGAGCCAACCGAGCGCAUCCCGGCAGAUGUCACCUCCCGGGGGACCCUGUCAGUCCAGUCCAGACUCAAACCCUUUGGUUUUCUGAGUCUGGACUGGACUGACAAGAUCAUUGACUACAGGAGUGCUGCCUUUUGCGUAGCGCACACAAAGAAGCAGGCGCACAGUGCAGUGAGCAGCCUGCAGACUGCCACCUGCUCCUCCUGCUCCUCCUGCUCUCACAGCGGGACUCUGGCUCUCUGCGGGCACAGCGCCUUUUGA